UUGCCACAUUUUUGUACAAACGGUCACAACAUAUGGCGGACGAUUAGUCCUCUCAUAUGUUUCUACAUUGGUGAGUGGCAUCAUCCUGAUAGAGUACUUAGACAGUUCGGUAUUCAACAAGCUGUUCCACGUGACUGUAAUACUGAACCACUGUUGCACAACAUUGACCUGAGGACUGCUGAUUGGUCAGAUAGAGUUGCUCAUUUAGUGAUGCGAUGGCAUAAUCGCAGAAGGUUUACUGCUACGGGACCUCCAAUUGAGCAGUUUGAUAUGGAUGUAACUCAAGAAUACAUCCAUUGGUACAAAAACAUUAGCAAGCUCUAUAUCACCCAACCGGGAGCUGCUAUGAGUCCUCUGAGAUCAAACAAUAUUAGACUUCGGAAUGUUGCAGAUGAUCCACAACAGGUUCUAAAUAUAUGCAACGAUAACGAGCAGUAUAAGGAGAACAUCCACUAUAUGUACGAUGUCCCUAUUGUACCUGCUCCUGUUCAGAGGAGACGUCCUCUAGUGCAAGAGCCCGAUCAAUUGGAAGAAGUUGACCAACACGGGGAAGAAGUGCCUCCAAUGACACAAACACAAAGCGAGCAUAAUUACGUUAGUCCAGUAAUGAUGAUGCCAACAUUUGGAACGACGUAUUAUGAUUCAGGAGUCGGUCAAUCGUCAGACUUUGGAAGAGGAUAUUACAAUUCAGGGCAGGUCAAUCAUCAAUGGACUUUGGGCAACAAUACUAUGAUUUAGGGAGCGAUCCAUCGUCUUCAUACAUGCAUGGUCACGGGCGUGGUCGUGGAGAACAUAAUGAAUAUUUGUACUACGAAGUGCCUGCAGCGGUACCCGAGCAAUCAAAUGAGCUACAGCAACAAGAGAAUGCAGCAGUACCCGCGCAAUCAG